UUUAUUGUCUCAUCAGGCAGAGCAAAGGGGGCACCCGCAGAAGGAACCUUCUCCAAAGAGGACCCUGAGCUGCACAAUUUGGUCUUAGAAAUGGCACCCAAGAAAGCUAAGAAAAGGGCAGAAGGUGCCAACUCCAACGUCUUCUCAAUGUUUGAACAGGCACAGAUCCAGGAGUUUAAGGAGGCCUUCACCAUCAUGGAUCAGAACCGCGAUGGUUUCAUUGACAAAGCAGAUCUGAGAGACACAUUUGCAGCACUAGGGCGCCUGAAUGUGAAAAAUGAAGAGCUUGAAGCCAUGAUCAAAGAAGCUCCUGGACCAAUUAACUUCACCGUGUUCUUGACAAUGUUUGGAGAAAAACUUAAAGGCGCAGAUCCAGAGGAAACGAUUCUAAGUGCAUUUAAAGUCUUUGAUCCAGAAGGCAAAGGCCUAAAAGCAAGCUACAUUAAGGAGAUGCUCAUGACGCAAGGAGAACGGUUUUCAAAGGAAGAGGUAGACCAAAUGUUUGCAGCUUUCCCUCCAGAUGUGACUGGCAACCUCGACUAUAAGAAUUUGGUCCACAUCAUCACACACGGAGAAGAAAAAGAUUAAGAAACGCUGGGAGGCCAGCUGGUGUGAUGGCAGAAAUGAUACCUUCUCUGCCACCACUUUUGGUGGUUCCUGGCCAGCUUAGCUGGGAUAUUGUGUCUUUCCUGUCUGUGGUUAUCCUCUUGGGAGCCCCAGCCCUUUGUCUGUCCUAUCUGUAGAAAGAAUGCAGCCAUGUCUGGAGAAACCUA